CACACCUGCCUUCUUAAGGAGCUCCAGGAUCUUCAUUCAACGCCAGUCCGUUGCCCCUGAUGGUGCAUAUUUGGCCUCACGUCAAGUUCAUGCUUUGUUGCCUUGCCUUAAGCCAAGUAGUUAACAUAUGCUGUCUUACCUGUCUCCAGGAAACCUCAGCCACGAGUGGUCACCCGCAGCAGCCGUAAUCCGGACUCCUCUUCUGGUCUGUUCCCUCCAUCCUCACCACGAGCCUCUGCCGAACCAGCUGCCUCACGAGACGGACCCACGCUGCCGACUCCAGACCCGAACGAGCAGUUCCACCAGUGACGCCACGAGCCGCAGUUACAUUCUCGGACCUCCAGUAACAGUUACCUACCUGUCUGGCCAUAAUAUUAAAUCUACCUUCUCGCCAAGACAUCUCUGUCCUGUGUCUCAUUCCGGGUUUCAGCAUCUGGGUCUCAGUCGUUCUAUAGUCAUGACAGAACGGACUGGCCAUAAUCCCGACCCAGCUGACCCGGAGGGACUCAGAUUAGUCGUAUCCCAGCAAGGCAUAAUGCUUGGACGCCAGGCCGACGCCCUAUCCCAGAUGGCCGCGGCCCAACAGGACCUUUUUCAUCGCCUGGACGGUUUGAAACAGACAUUGAACAAUUUAACCGGACAUUUUUCCCAUGUUCCAACAGAUACGGCUCAAGCUACGGCUAACUCGGCUACUUCCGUUUCCGGAUCACCCUCCGCUCACGAAAACAUCCGGCUGCAACCGGAACCAUUUACUGAUGACGUCGAAGCCUGCGGAGGAUUCCUCCUCCAAUGCGAGCUGAUUUACCAACAAGCCCCCCGUCAUUAUCAGUCGGAUCACAGUAAAAUAUCACUGAUCGUCAACUCUCUACGCAAUAAAGCCCUCCAGUGGGCCCAGGCUUUCCUCUCCUCCAAUCCCAUAAGCCACCUCACUUAUGAACGUUUCCUCAGAGAGUUCCAGUUAAUUUUCGACCAACCACGCAAACAGGAUGAAGCAACCCGUCGGUUACUCGCGCUCAGGCAGCGUAACCGCUCGCCCCUCUAGACCUCCAGACGAGCCUAUGCAGGUUGGACACUCUCGACUGUCUGAAGAGGAACGCCGCAGACGGCGCAUGGAGGGGGCCUGUUUCUAUUGCGGAGCAAAGGGCCACAUUGUCAUCUCCUGCCCGCUUCGUUUAAACACCCGAACCCCUCGCUAGGAGACAGGCUGCGAGGGGUAACAAACAUCUACCUGGCCGAACCCCUGGAGACCCCCAUCGAGGCUUCCGGUUUAGGCGGUCAACUCUUAUCCCGCAUCACCCACCGCACCAAACCCAUCCUGCUCAUUACUUCAGGCAACCAUCGAAACCUCAGCCACGAGUGGUCACCCACAGCAGCCGUAAUCCGGACUCCUCUUCUGGUCUGUUCCCUCCAUCCUCACCACGAGCCUCUGCCGAACCAGCUGCUUCACGAGACGGACCCACGCUGCCGACUCCAGACCCAAACGAGCAGUUCCACCAGUGACGCCACGAGCCGCAGUUACAUUCUCGGACCUCCAGUAACAGUUACCUACCUGUCUGGCCAUAAUAUUAAAUCUACCUUCUCGCCAAGACAUCUCUGUCCUGUGUCUCAUUCCGGGUUUCAGCAUCUGGGUCUCAGUCGUUCUAUAGU